GGCUUUACCACAAGCACUCAGCAAUCUCUCUCUCUCUAUCUCUAUCUCUCUCAAGUCAAGAUGGAAAAGAGGUAUCCAAUCUCAACAUAUUUCGUCAUCAUCUUCAUCGUAAGUGGAUUAAUCUCGGCCAUGGGCAAGUCCAAACCUUAUUCAAUUGCCACCAAGUUUCUUCCUCGCCUACCUAAUAAGCUCCCUUCUCUUCUCAAGCUCUUCGCCGAUAAACUCCACUCGGACCCCGGCAGCAUCAACCUCGUCUCCACCGACUUCGGCAACAUCGUCCGAGAAUCCCCUGCCGCUGUCCUCCGCCCCACCUCCUUAAACGACAUUCUUUCCCUCAUUAAAUCCUCAUACAAAUCCUCCACCCCAUUCAAAAUUGCUGCCCGAGGACGGGGCCACUCGUUGCGAGGCCAGGCCAUGGCCCGGGAUGGUGUCGUUGUGGACAUGAUGUCCCUUCGAGAACAUAUGAUGAACAACAAUAAUAACAGCCAGAACCGAGCCAAAAUUGCCUGUGUCUUCCACAGCCUUUCUGGUAAACAUCACCAUUAUGCCGAUGUUGGGGGCGAGAUGUUGUGGAUCGAUGUAUUACGGGACACAAUGGAGAAAGGGUUUUCCCCUGUCUCGUUUACGGACUAUUUGUACCUAACCGUUGGUGGGACACUCUCUAAUGCGGGGAUAAGUGGGCAGACAUUCCGGUACGGUCCACAGAUCAGCAAUGUGCAUGAGUUGGACGUGAUCACUGGAACUGGGGAGUUCAUGACCUGUUCGCCCUCCAACAACUCCGAGCUAUUCUAUGCUGUCCUAGGAGGCCUAGGACAGUUCGGGAUCAUAACCCGGGCUCGAAUUGCCCUAGAACCCGCACCAAAGAGGGUUAAGUGGGUAAGAUUGCUGUACGAUGACUUCUCAGCUUUCACGAGAGACCAGGAACAUCUGAUUUCAAUCAAUGGAAGGAAGCAAAGCAAUGCGCCGGACUAUUUGGAAGGUCUCCUUCUGAUGAACCAAGGCUCUCCAAAUAAUUGGAGAUCUUCCUUCUUCCCGUCUUCCGAGCAAGCGAGAAUCAUUUCCCUAGUAACCAAACAUGACAUUAUCUACUGUCUCGAAGUUGCCAAGUACUACGAUGAUCUUUCCUAUAAUUCAGUUGACAAGGAUCUCGAGGAUUUGCUCAGAGAGAUGGGACAUAUCCCAGGAUUUAUGUUCAAGAAGGACGUUUCGUACAUGGAAUUUUUGAACCGGGUACGACCAGGAGAGCUUCGUCUUCAAGCUCAGGGACUUUGGGAUGUUCCUCACCCGUGGCUGAACCUUUUCAUCCCAAAAUCUCAUAUUUUUGACUUCAACGACGGCAUUUUCAGGAACAUUGUUCUCAGAAACAACAUCACCGCCGGAAUCGUCCUCGUUUACCCUAUGAACAGAAACAAAUGGGACGAUCGAAUGUCUGCAUCCAUACCGGAUGAAGAAGUUUUCUAUACCGUAGGGUUUCUUCAGUCGAGUGGCUUUGAUGACUGGCAGCAUUUCGACCAACAAAACAAACAGGUCCUACAAUAUUGUAAGGACGCCGGUAUAAGCAUCAAGCAAUACCUUCCCCAUUACCGGACUAAAGAAGACUGGGCCAGACACUUCGGCUCAAAGUGGAGGACUUUCCGUGAACGAAAAACACAGUUUGACCCGAAAAUGAUACUAUCUCCUGGGCAGAUGAUCUUUAAUUAGAAGAUAAAUAAUGCUAUAGGAUAUAUUAAUAAUUAUUAUCCUUCAUAUUUUGCUUCGAUAUAUAUCAGGUUUAAGAUUACACAAGCAUAAGUAGUAUAGGGACUAGGUUCUUGACUAGGUUACUCUCUUUUUUCUUUUUCCUGUUUGUCAAUAGAUGUAUGUUGUAAAGAAGAAUGAAUCAAGUAUAUGAAGGAAUUAGAUUGCUAUCAUGGAUUCAUUCAUAUAUA